AUGUCCCGCAGGAUGAACAAGUUCAUGAUGGUCGCCAUCGGCUUAGCCGUUAUCCAGCGGGCUUUUUUUUCACCAGCCGCGGGGAGCACGUCAGGAGCGGUUUCCGGGGAAGAAUUGGCCGGUUUUGCCGAACGCUUUGCAAGGAGCUGCUUGUUGGCCCGGUCCUCCGAAGAAAGCGAGGCCCUCCUAUCGUGGCCCGCUGUCUCCGCGGGUGCUGCAAGAGCGGCAUGCCUCGGUACGCUUUUCUUUAAUCGUGUUUUUUUUUUCGACCGUUUCGGGUUGAAAAACCCCACACGCUCGUGAAUUGCUAACUCGCUCUCUCGUUGUUUACGCGCACCCCCCUCGUUGGCAAUCUCGCCGACGCGAGUACACCCUGGCUUGCGUCCUAUUUUGGUCGAUGUUGAGAAAACAUGAGCUCACCCUUGUGCGUGUGGGUGGUGUUUGCUAGGUGAUGAAAAGUGUAUGUGUGUGUUUGUGCCAUCUUUUCUGGCGCCAGUCUACACGUCAAUGCACCUCUCGAUGUACUUUUCUGACGGAUCAGCUGGGGUACACACAGGCGAGAGAGGUCGCGCAGGAGUUUUUCUUUCUUAGCCCCACGCAGGCCCGAGGCGUAUUCCCGCACAAGCCACAGUAGUAGAUGGCGCCGCACCUCCCUCCCGGCCGCGAAGUUUUUUUCACGUUGCCCUCUCUCUGCACAUUGAAGCAGAACAGGGAUCGGUUUGUUGGCCCCCACGUUUCCCUCAACGGUCGCGCUGCUAGAUACGUACACGUGUUAUUUUUGCAGACACUAGGGUUGGUUGAAUCGUCG